AUGAAUGAUGAAAAGGAAGCAGUUAUAUUACCUCCUUUGCCUGAUCACCCUCCACCACUCCCUCCUUGUCCUCCACCAGAGCUACCUAAACCACCUCCACCACCACCUCUUGAUGUUCCAUUGCCUCCUCCUUUAGCAACGGAAGACAUUCCUAAGCCUGUGGAUGAACCAAAUAAUGAGAAUAAAAAAGAACAAGAAUCUGAAAAUAAAGGGUCUGAUAACGAGUGUUUUAAUUUCCUACAAUCUACUGCCAUAUGCCCAUCGGCUACUGGAACAUGGCCUGACAAUCUAGAAAGGGACGUAUUACAGCAGCUGCCAGUAAAGAGGAAAUUUGGAGUAGAAAUUGGGAUGAAGAGCCUGUUCCUAGUGUCCAUAGUGAACCUGGAAGACAGUACAGUACUGCACACAAAAGCUCCCCUCAAAGGCGGCGGCAUCUUCAUUCAAGAAGUAGAUCAAAAUCAAGAAGUCCUAGAAAACAUUCAACUACAUCAACAUCAAGUGAUGAAUUUGAGGAUAAGAAAACUU